AACUUCCAAAAAUGCAAGAGGCAGGCAGCAACAGAUAAGGGAAGAAGCUAAACUCAGCGCCAGCCUACACCCUAAACCCAUUUCAUUCUGAGCUUCCAAGAAAAACGAGAAACGCAUCAAUGGCGCACCUCAGAACCGCCAUGGAUUCCGCCUUCUGGAAUUUCGACGUUUCUUCCUCUCAAACCCUCGUCGGAACUGCCAAGGCUGUCCCCGGCGAACCAUUCCCUCUCGACGGAGCUCGAGCCAGCCGCACCUUGCGGAUUCAGCAAGUCUCCUUCCUCGGCAAUGGAUUUCCCCUCGGAAUUCUUCCUUCCUUCUCCCCCACUGCACACAAGGAGUUAGGUUCCUUUUCUCUUCAGUCGCUCUUGCUCAAGUUUCCCGCCGCCGACUGGUGGGUUGGAUUGGUUGGUCAAUUCCGUCCGAAGAAAGUGAUAUCUAAUAUAAAAGAAGACCUUAUUUCUGAUCUAGACAACCUUGAGCUCCUCCCUGCCUUGAAAGAUGUUGCUACGAUGUUUCUGGACAAGACACUCUAUUCAUAUGGAUUAUGCUCUCAGUUUUCUCCUACUCCCUUUUCUUCUGUAUUUGCCAGCACGGAAGAGCACGGUGACAGGAAAGGACGUCGCCACAAAGCGAUGUUUUAUCACAGGCUUCCUCAUCAUGAUAUAAAUCUGGAAGCAGCUUGGCCAGAGCUCUUCAUUGAUCAUAAAGGUCAAUAUUGGGAAGUGCCCGAGUCUCUGUCUUUGGAUCUGUCGUCUCUUAAGUCUGAAUCUGGUUUGCGUUACCGGGUCGGGUUGCAUAAGAAUGGUGGCGUUCCCCGGGCUCUUUAUCAUACCGAUGGUGGCGAGCCACCUCUUACUCUUAUGCCUGGAUUAUGUGCAAAGGCUGCAUUCUCUUUAGAAAAGAAUAGGUACCUUUGGGGGGGAAAAGAACAGAAACAAGGUUUAACUGAGACGACAGACGAGGCCGAACCAUCGUAUGAUGUGCGCCUUAAAGAUCCUCAUGCAGCCAUAUCCGGAAUUGUUGGUGGCACCUUUAGCUCAUGGUUCGGAGGCAGUGACACGGUUGGGACGAAUGGAGAUGGAAACUUGGCUAUCCAUAACAAAAGAAGUCCACUGAAUGCUGACCUUUUUGGCUCACUUUGCUAUACUUACCAACAUGGGUCAUUUAGAAAGGAUUUUCGUGACCUCACGAGGUUAGAUGCUCGGCUAGAUAUUUCGUCGGGUUCAGCCUUUGCCAAAAGAGUUUUCAAUGGGUUCAAGAAAUCUAUUGAUGAUCUGGAGAGAUCAAAAUCUACCCCUAGGCUCAAUUUGAUCUUCCAACAGCAGAUUGCAGGCCCGAUUGUCUUCCGAGUAGAUUCCCGGCUUAUGCUCGGCUCUACCUCCGUCAAGCACGGACCCCAUGUCGAGGACACAAUAUUAAGCCUAAACUAUUCAUUCAAGCUUCUUGAAUCAGGAAAAGCUGUUUUCUGGUUUUCUCCCAAAAGAAAAGAAGGGAUGGUCGAGUUGCGCCUGUUCGAGUUUUAACUUCGAUAUCGUUUAAUUCUGUUUUAGUUCAGUCGAUGCAUUCAGUUUCUUAGGUUUUUGACAACGAAAUCGGCUCUACAGACUUAGUAUAGCACUUGAGGCUCUUGCAGAUGUAAUAUAUAGGAGUGCCGUCCUUGUUUAUGGCAUAGAGCUGAGGCUUUAGACAGUUGCUCAGAAAAUAAGGGCAUUUGUGAUGAAUUUGUAGUUAUUGUCUAGAAAUCAUUGAAACUUGCAGCUAAACGUGGGCUGUUCAUUGCUCCAAAUCUCAUCUGUUUGA